AUGUGGCAAGGGUUAUUCGAAGGAAUUGAUGAAUCGCAAACAUUGUUAGCAUCGGAGAAUAAUGAUAGUCAAGAGUUUAACGAAUGGGGUGAUGUCGUCGCAUUGCAAUGGAAUAAUUUAAAGGUAAAAACCAAAGCUGGCCGUGUUCUUCUCGACGGUGUCAGCGGAUGCGCUCUACCCGGAGAAGUCGUCGCUCUGAUGGGAGCCAGUGGCGCCGGCAAAACAACGCUUCUCAACACAUUACUACAACGGAACCUCAAGGGUCUUGUAGUGGAGGGAGAGAUUCUCGUAAAUGGACAAAAUGUUGGAAAAGGGGUGACAAGUGUCUCAGCCUAUGUUCAACAAGAGGAUUUGUUUCUCGGCACACUUACGGUUCGAGAGCAUUUGGAGCUUCAGGCUCGCAUGAGAUUGCCGAGUUCAGUGACAUCUGAAGAACGAAACGAGCGCGUGCAACAAGUUCUUCGGGAUAUGCGUCUGGUGAAAUCGCAAAAUAGUAAAAUCGGAGUGCCAGGAAUUGUGAAAGGAAUUUCAGGCGGCGAAAUGAAGAGACUUGCUUUUGCCAGCGAAAUGAUUAACAAUCCGCCGGUGAUUUUCUGUGAUGAGCCAACAACGGGACUCGAUUCGCACAUGUCGCUUCAAGUUGUUCGGACAUUGGAAGCUCUCGCUUCUGAACGUGGCAAGACCAUAAUUUGUACGAUUCAUCAGCCGUCAUCGGAAGUUUUUGAGAUGUUCGACAAGGUGGUUUUUUUGGCGCAAGGCCGAAUUGCAUUUCACGGCCAAAUCGAUGAGGCGAUUUAUCAUUUUUCGGAUUGCGGCUAUUUGUUGCCGGAUCACACGAAUCCGGCGGACUAUUUCAUCGAUAUUCUCGCGAUAAAACCGAACGAAGAGGAGAAAUGUAAAACACGAUGCAGAGAACUGUGCGCCAAGUUCCAAAAGAGCGAAUACAACGCCAAACUGAAAACUAAUAUGAAAAAAGCUGGAAGGUUAUUGGCGUUGAAUCCUCAUACGACUGCUAGCUAUCCGUCAUUACUACUCGCUUUGUUAAUGAGAUACACAUUGGACAAUUUUCGGAAUCCGGCGAUAAUGAGAGCAAAGGUGAUACAAAAACUAUUCAUGGGUGCUUUUAUUGGAGCCCUUUAUCUGAAUCAGAACAUCGACCAGGACGGACUUGCCGGAUUCAAAGGCGCGUUGUUCUAUUAUAUUUCGGAAUUGACUUACUCGACCAUUUUUGGGAUUCAAGCCUUUAUGCCAGCUGAUUACCCGCCAUUAGUCCGCGAGUUUGACGAUCGUAUUUACCCGAUAUCAGCGUAUUAUAUUGCAAAGAUUUUCUCAUUCCUUCCGAUUUUCACAAUCGAUGGUGUUAUUAUGGUGACAAUAUCAUACAUGUUUGUCGGCUUUCCAAUGGAAUUGAUGACGUUUUUGAAGCAACUAUUCACAUGCAUGAUCAUCGAAUGGAAUGUGGCGGCGUUGGGAAUUGCAGUUUGCGCGACUGCUCCUUCUUAUGCGAUCGCUGUCACCAUAACAGGUCCGCUUUUGACGAUUUUCUCAUUGACUGGCGGUCUUUUCACGAACACGGCAAAAAUGCACAGCUGGAUUAGCUGGGUUCAAUACCUUUCAUGGUUCAGAUUUGGCUACGAGUCGCUGACAAUCAACCAAUUUACUCAUUCGCAGUUUUCCAAUAUCUCUUGCACUCGGAAAAGUGUCAAUGGUGGGAUUGAAGCAGUUCCUGAAGCGAUUUGUGAGACUCACGGCGACCAAGUUUUGGCGAAUUUCAAUUUCGAUCCAAUUAACUUUUAUUUUAAUUGGUUUGCAAUGAUUUACUUAACAAUUGCGAUUUAUGUUAUUGGAUACGUCGGACUUGUGAGAAGAGUUAUCAACGACAGAUAG